CCUUCAGUCUUCAGGCUGACAGAGAGACAUAGAGAAAGAGAGAGAGAGAGACUUUUAGAGGGUUAUAGAGAGCCAUAGACAGCGAUAGAGAGCGAUAGAGAGCGCCCGCCUGCCUUUUUAAGGGUUGUUUUAUUUUUAUUUUAUUUUAUUUACCCUCAGCCACAACUUUCUAAAGUGUUUACACGCUGUUAUUAUGUUUUAACUGGGCUAAAUAUUAGUUUAAACCCUCCAGGCCCUGUUUUUUCUUUUUUAUUUUAUUUAGAAGCUCCCUCCUGCCUUCUGGAACUACUUUUUCCUCUAAAUACUUCACCCACAAAAAUAGCACAGGGCAGCACGGGACCCGAGAGGACUUUGGAAGCUGCCACCGGACCCAAACGCCGCUAAUGCAGCCUUUCUAACCCCAUAUUUGACUUUCCCAGGCUCUAAACUAGCUCCAAACAUGGGACUACACCCUUUAGAGUUCAGCGAGUGCUACCUGGACAGCCCCAGCUUCAGGGACAAGAUCAGAGCUCAUGAAGCAGAGCUGGACAAAACCAACAGGUUCAUCAAAGAGCUUUAUAAAGACGGGAAAAACCUCAUCAACGCGACCAAACAGCUCUCUCUGGCCCAGCGCAAGUUUGCCCAGUGCCUGGGUGAGUUCCAGUUUGAAUACAUUGGGGAUGCAAAGACUGACGAUGAAAAAUGCAUCGACGACUCCUUGCAGGAAUUUUCAGCAUUCCUCAGAAAUCUGGAGGACCAGAGGGAGCUGAUGAUGAGGAACAUCACAGAGACGCUGAUGAAGCCUCUGGAGAAGUUUCGGAAGGAGCAGCUGGGUUCAGCGAAGGCCGAGAGAAAGAAGUACGAGAAGGAAACGGAGAAGUAUUACACUUCUUUGGAGAAACUUUUGAACAUGUCAGCAAAGAAGAAGGAACCGCAGCUGCAGGAGGCAGACAUGACGGUGGAGGGGAUGCGGCAUCACUUUCAGGAGGAGUCUUUGGAGUAUGUCUGUAAGCUGCAGGAGAUCCAGGAGAGGAAGAAGUUUGAGUGUGUUGAGCCUAUGCUGGCUUUCUUUCAGACAGUGUUCACGUUCUAUCACCAGGGAUUCGAGUUGGCCAAGGAUUUUGAUCACUACAAGCGCGCUCUACAGAUCAAUAUUCAGAACACGCGGAGUCGUUUCGAGGGGACGCGUUCAGAGGUGGUUGAACUGAUGAAGAAGAUAAAGGAGGCUCCUCAGGAAUACAGACAAACCAGCCCCAUCAGCAGUGAGGGAUACCUCUACGUCCAGGAGAAACGACCUCCUCCGUUCGGCUCCAGCUGGGUGAAGCGGUACUGCACGUUCGUCAAAGAGCAGAAGAUCCUGCAUAUGGUCACUUUUGACCCCAAAUCUGGGGGGAAGUUGGGUGAAACAGAAUCAGUCACACUGAAGUCCUGCGUGAGGAAAACGACAGACACUCUUGACCGGCGGUUCUGCCUCGAUAUAGAGAUAACAGACCGACCCGGCACUGUGCUGACGGUCCAGGCUCUCUCGGAGGAUGACCACAAGUUCUGGAUGCAGGCGAUGGGCGGAAAAGAACCAGUGCACUAUCUGGGGAGGACGUAUUCAAAAGAACGAGGAAUUAGCACUCUUUUCAGCAACUUUUGGAGCGCACCCGGACUUGCUAGAACAGUUGAUGCUCAGCUGGAUGAAAAUGGUGUGAAUUUCGUUAGGAACUCCAUCAACGCUAUUGAAACACGAGGUAUUAAUGACCAGGGUCUGUACAGAGUGGUCGGGGUCAGCUCGAAGGUACAGAAGCUGCUGAGUUUAAUGAUCGAUGAGAAGAGCAGUGAUGUGGACCUGGCUGUGUGUGAGGAGUGGGAUGUGAAGACCAUCACUAGCGCUUUAAAACUCUACCUGAGGAGUCUGCCUGAGCCAUUAAUGACGUACGGCCUUUACAAGGAGUUUAUAGUUCCUGCAAAGGGUGUAAGUCCCGAGGCUCGUGUUCAGGCUAUUCACUGCUUGGUGCACAAACUGCCUGAGAAAAACCAAGAGGUGUUGAGUCUGGUCACCAAACAUCUCGCUAAUGUGGCAGCCCACAGUAAGCAGAACCUGAUGACCGUUGCUAAUCUGGGUGUGGUGUUCGGCCCCACGCUCAUGCGGCCGCAGGAGGAGACGGUGGCCGCCAUCAUGGACCUGAAGUUCCAGAACAUCGUGGUGGAGAUCCUGAUUGAGCAGCAUGAAAAGAUUUUUGGAGAUGCUCCGAGCACGUGUCCAGCCUCUGCUAUCUCUCCCCUCGCCCCGACACGCCAGUCCAAGAAGCAAUCCCGCCAGAGUCGACCGCUGGCUGUGUACAACCCUCAGGUUCUGGACAUUCACACAGUCUCAGUCUCUCCAUCCUCAGAGGGCGUGUCUCUGGCUCCUGACGAGGCAUCUCUGGGCAGUAAUGAAUCCGUCUCCUCUCAGUCCUCCACAGCGUCGGUCUCGGAAACCCCACCAGAGAAGUCCAAGAAUUCCCUCAGCUGCACACUACCCAUCACCGCCUCACAGAACUCUGGCGGCUCCACGGCCAUGGCGUCAUGGAUGAACUCGACGUUCAGCCCCUCCACGCCCGAACCCGGAUCAGAGGGAUCAGAGGAAGCGGCCACAGCAGCUGGAGGCCAUGAAGAUAAACCAGCAGAAAGUGUCACCCAGAUGAAAGCCAAGGCUGUGUACUCGUGCGAGGCCGAGCACGAUUCGGAACUUUCCUUCCAGGUUGGAGCAAUCUUCACCGACGUGACUCCGUCGCGGGAGCCAGGCUGGCUGGAAGGAGAGCUGGAGGGCAGGCGUGGCCUCAUCCCUGAGAACUAUGUGGAAAUGCUGUAACCCGGGACGAACAGACGCAGCGCUCUAUAUACAUGGUAUCCAUGAUGUGGCCCUGACUUUAUAUAUAUAUAUAUACACUCGUCUCACCCUCAGACUCCGCCUCCUCCUUCUUCUUUCUGUCCCAUCUUUUCCUUGGCGGCGUCUCAGCGGGGUAUUAAUAGGACUAGAGAUGAGACAGAAGCGCAGAUAUUUUAUUGUCUUAAAGCAGGAGGGAAUUGAAUGCGCCUCAUCUUUAAAUGUACAUAUAUAUACGGUAUUAAGCCAAGUGGGCGGAGUCAGUCACUGCCUGUGCUGUCAUCUGUACGCGUCGUCGUCGUAUGUCUUGUAUGUUUUGUUUGUCGUUUGUGUUUUUAAUGAACAGUUUGGAUUUGCUGCAUGGGUGUAUAUUAUAUAUAUAUAUAUAUUAUUAUUAUUUUAUAUUAUUUAAUUGACACAGUUCAUUUAAUUGAAUCUUUUUUUUUUUUUUUUUUUUGAGCAUUUAAGCAAAAUAUGAGCUUAUGUGUGAUGAAACGAUCAAUAAGUCAUAGCCGUUGCUUAGUUUGGAAGGGUUGUUGAAGUUUGCUUGGUUGAUUGGCGGGUUGAAGGGUUGAAGCACUCCUGCUGUUGAGGUUUAUGGAUUUUGUUGAGCACAUUAUGAUAUUAUGAUGCACACAGCUGAAAAAUUAAUUAUUUUAGAAAUUGUGCUGCGUUCAAAUGUUGUGCCUUAGACUCACUAUGCAUCACUAUCAUUUGUUUGUUCAUUUUAUUUUAAUUUUUUUUGGACGCUGUCCAGACGUUUGUUUGGACCGAACAAUCAUAUUUUUAUUGUACAGAGCAAAAAACUAAAUUUUAUAUAAAAAAAAAAACAAUUGUCAUUCAACUUAAAUUAAAUCCAAUCAUUUCACAACGACCAUAAACUCAGUAUUGCCUGGUCCUACCAUUGUAUUAAAUUUUGGCCAUAUUAUUAUUUUUAAUACUGUUAUUCUUGAGUAAAGGUCAUAUAAGGUUUCAUACAUGGAUGAAAUCCUCUGUAGGUGAUUCAGAAAAGCUCUUUGUGUAGACUCUGCUUUGCUGGGACUGAGACGUUCACCGCGGCAGCCGUGCGCCUCACUGCAGUUUAAUGAGGUGAUCUCAUUUCUAUAAGAGCGUUUCAUUGGUUAAGGCUGAUAUUUGUGACUGAGCACCGCUGCAGUAAUUUAAGACAGUGAUUUAUAUCGUCUGUAAAGGUCCUGCCAUUGGUUUGAUUUUUGUAUUAUUGUAUAUUGUGUUGAUCAAUGUUAAAUAAAUAAAGGCUUUUUAUUCUUA